AUGAAGCGGCCCCUGAGCCCAGCCCCUUCAGGUGAGAAGGGUCUUCCUGCUCCUGGGGGGACUGAAUGUCCCCCUCAGCCCCCAGAGCCCUCUCGGCCCAAGAGGGAGAGGAAGCGACCAUCAUAUACACUCUGUGAUGUCUGCAACAUCCAGCUCAACUCUGCAGCCCAAGCUCAGGUGCAUUGUGGGGGUCGUGCCCACCAGAGACGCCUCCGACAGCUCAGCUCAGGGAAGACCCCUUCGGGGCCAGCUGGCCCUGCCUCCAGCUCCCCCAACCCUCUGCUGGCCUCGCUGCCCCUGCCUGCUCGGCCUCUGCAACCCCCACUGGACAUCAAGCAUUUCCUGACGUUCCACUUCAAUGGCGCAGCCCCACUCAGCCUUUUCCCCAACUUCAGCACGAUGGACCCAGUCCAGAAAGCAGUAAUCAGUCACACUUUUGGAGUCCCCUCCCCUAUAAAGAAGAAGCUGUUUAUCUCCUGUAACAUCUGCCACUUGAGGUUCAACUCUUCGAACCAAGCUGAAGCUCACUACAAAGGUCACAAACAUGCCAGAAAGCUCAAGGCUGUAGAGGCUGCCAAGAGUAAGCAGAGGACCCAUACUCCAGGCCGGGAUAGAGCCACUGGUCCAGUCACUACACCUCCUGACAGCAGAGCUCCUGGAGAACCCCAGAACAAGGCUCCCUUGGCAGCCUCUCCUGGAUCUCCUUUAGUUCUGCUGAAGACAUUGGACCCCACUCCCAGGGAGCCAGCUAGCCUGGACCUCUCCGAUGCUGCUUCUUCUUCUUCGUCCUCUUCUCCUUCCUGUUCCCCCUCAUCCCCAGGGCCAGGGGCUGAAAUGCCUGGUACUAGAAUGGGGGCAGGAGCAGGAAGCAGCGUGGGUUCGGACAACAGGAAUGAGAAGGGCCCUCUCUACUGCCCUACCUGUAAGGUCACUGUCAACUCAGCCUCACAGCUCCAAGCCCAUAAUACAGGAGCGAAACACAAGUGGAUGGUAGAUGGCCAUCGAGGGGCUCCUCGAAGGGGCAGGGGUCGAAUUAUGCCUCGGGGAGGGGCUGGGCACAAAGCCAAGCGUGUGGCAGGGGCCCCAGGUGGCAAGCCGGGGCCCAGCCCUUCUUUCCACUGUGCCCUCUGUCAGCUCCACGUCAACUCUGAAACCCAACUCAAGCAGCACAUGAGUAGCCGAAGACACAAAGACAGGCUGGCAGGGAAACCCCUGAAGGCUAAGGUCAGUCAGCAUAGCAAGCUACAGAAACAUGGGGCGCUGGCUGUGAGUAUCCUCAAGUCUAAGCUGGCCUUACAGAAGCAACUUACCAAGACCCUGGCAGCCCGAUUCCUGCCCGGUCCCCUCCCCACUGCUGCGGUAUGCACCCUGCCAGGGCCCUUGGCUCUUCGGCCAGCCCCAGCUGCCGCUACCACCCUCUUCCCAGCCCCGAUGCUGGGGCCUGCCCUGUUCCGCUCACCAGCCGCAGCUGUCCGCCCAGCCACUGGGCCCAUUGUCUUUGCUCCAUACUAAUCCUCCCUGGGGGAGGCCAAAGCUGACUCCCCAGCAGUCCCGCUUCCUGGCUCCUGUCCAGCUCGCCCUUGCCAUGGAGCAAUGUCUCUUUACAACUGGUAGUCUGGGAUGGGGGAGAAGACGAAGCCCAUGUCUAGGGUUAGCAUCAUCUUCUCUCUCGAAAGGAGCCGGACUAGGUGGCCUCUAAGGUCUCUUCCAAGUCUAAUCUGACCUUAUGCAGAAUACUUCCAGUUCACACAAGGUAACCAGCCCCUGCUGUGGUUGGGGUGAGGAACCAGGUGUCUCUAUCAAUCAUCCAUUCCCUAACCAUCUGGUGCCAUCCCUGGAGCCUGAAAUUAAGGCGGCCCUAUAAGUCUACAGCCAAGGUCUCCCCAGCCCCAGGGACUAACAGACUCCCAACAAUCUAUGCAAAAUCCCCAAAGCCAGCUCCAAGUAGUCUCACUUUUCAAGGGAAAUAGGAGGAAAGCAAAUCUGGUUACUACUCAUCCCAGUCCCUGCCAUGUGGGUGACUGGAGGGCUCCCCACCCCUCAGUUCUCAUGUUUCUCCAGGGCCCAAGGGGAAGGGACAAGUUUACGACCAUUAGCCCCUUAUUUUGGGGGUAUCUUCCACUAAAGGGGCCUCCCCUCCCCAGGCAUAUAAUUCUUUGGGGGACCACAGAAAGGGCAUGUUGGGGGUGUGGGAAGGGAAUAAGAUGGUGCCGGGUUAGUGUUCACCUUAGGGUAAUGUUGCUGUGGAAGAGUACUAUCAUUAGGAAAAAGGAGAGGGACAUUUCCAAGUCUGGGCAGUGCCGAGUUGAGACUGCUUCAGUCUCGGAAGGAUGUUCAUGAGAUGAGGGUGAUGAGGGUGAUGAGGAGGAGUGGGCUAUUGGUGGGAAUGGUGGUCCAUUCCAGAGAUUUGCUAUGAGAAAAAUUCAGUCUGUGGCAGCCAGGCAAGUUCCAAUCCCAGACUUAGCCCUUUGCCAGAGCCCUACUCUGCUGUCUUCCAGAAUGCAUGCCUGGCCCAUGUCUGAGCCUCCUUAACACCUUUUGCCCUGCCCGAAUCUUUUAAACCUUAUGGAAAAUAACAGGCAUUCUCCCCUUCUUCUCCCCCCACCCCAUUCUAUUCCAGUGCACUUUAGCUCCCUCCCCUCCCCGAAAAGUCAUUCCUUUUCCUUCACAUCCCAGACCCCAGCACUUUCCAAACCUACGUAGACAGUAAAAUUGGAGUAGUGGGACCCAGUCUGAUCCCAAAUUUCUAAGAAUUGUUUUCAAAAUAACCCCCGAGCCACCUCCUA